AUGCCAGCUGUAUAUGCGGUGCGGGAUGGGGGCGAUGCCAAGUCCAAAAAACAAAGCAUGGCAGACCUCAAACUGCGCCGGCUACAAGAAUUGAACUCAAGGCUGAAGGAGGAUCUGGAGAGACCUCGUGUCAAAGUGGCGGAAGCAUCGAUGAGCCUGAUCAACUACUGCAAUCAAACACGAGACUACAUGGUCCCUUCGGUCUGGGGACAGUACGCUCAAGAGCUCCUUCAAACAUUCGGCACCAGUAUCGGCGAAAUCGCCCUUAUUCCUGUGACAGGCGGCAUAUUCGCCAUUACCAUGACACACCCUGUGAAGAACAUACCGGAGUCAUCGCCUCCAAGAGUUGGUUCUGCUGAAUCAUCCAUUGCCGUGCAAGACACGCUAUUAUGGGAUCGAAAAACGAACGGCGGUUUCCCAGAGACGAAAGAAUUGAAGAGUAAAGUGCGGAAUAUCAUCGAACCGGAUAGGGAUUUAGGACAUAUUGAUCGGAGUUUGAAAAAGAACAAGACAGGAGAGCCAAAGGGUGAGGAAGAAACGAAUUGGAAAGAUGACUCGGCGACCGUGCAGAAGGAUGGCGACCGGAACAUUCAGCAGUCUAGGCGUGGUGACAGGGAGAGCGGGAUACAGAGGAGACCCUGUGAAGACUGCGAAUGA